AUGAAUCAAACAACAGCUCUGGAUUCAGAGCAGAAUACCGUGUGUCCAUACCACAAGCUACAACUACACCAAGGGGUGAAUAAAAUUUGCCGAAUAUCCUCUUUAACUACGCCUACAGAAAUACCUACAAUGUCCACCGAUACAACAACAAUGGCGUCUACAACAUCUUGGUCUGCACCGAGCGGCUCACCGCCCACAUGGCCUUAUGGUAAGUAUACUCUUCUCAAGCCCAGGACAGGAUGUCCUGCAGGAUGGGAUGACAAGGGAUAUCUUUACCAAGACACAAUAGAUACAAACCCAAGUAAUAACAGAUCACAAACCUUACACAUCGAUGGAAAAGUUGCUCGCAGUCAUGUGAAGAGACAUUUUUGCAGCAAGACAAACAAAGACGGUGAAACUUAUGGAAAAGUGCCAUAUCAUGAGCUUGGGAACAGAAAGCAUCAGGGAAUCACCAUGUUCUACUGCUAUUAUGAAAGCUGCAAGUACAUAUUGAGAGACAAGAACGGUACUUUCCAGUCCCCUGGAUUCUCUGGUAAAUACCCGGAUGGACAGCUGUGCUCGUGGAGGAUCAUGGUCCCUGUUAAUCACACUGUGCAAGUUCGCUUCACUAACGUCUCUUUGAAUGACAACGACACUUUGAGAUAUUCUGAAAGAUACUCUACAAGAAGCAAUGGAAGUUUUAGAUCGUGGCAUACGAUUCCCCUUCAUUCAACGGUACCGUUUUCGUUGUCAGCUGACAGUGAACUACUGUUCGUCUUUAGUUCGGAUGAAUCAAAGACCAGCUCUGGAUUCAGAGCAGAAUACCGUGUGUCCAUACCACAAGCUACAACUACACCAAGGG